CCCAUGUCCCAGUCUCUGGGCCCUUCAGAACACCCACAGCAGAUACGAGCAUACUACAAGCUAGAAUUCCCUGGUGCUGGCAAUGGCCAAGGACGCGACUAUUACUUUCAAACAUUGUCAAUAUCCAUCGGACGACGUCCCCUUCCUGCAGCACCACGAUCUCCUUCGACUUCCGCCGAACCCGCGCAUGGACCGCAGCAAUCCGUCGACGUUCAUUUGGGUGCGCUUAAGAGCGUGUCUCGACUCCACGCGAAGAUAGAAUAUGAUGAGUCGAUCGGGAGCUUUGUUUUUGCGGUUCAUGGCAGGAAUGGGGCAUGGGUAGACGAUGUCUGGAUAGCAAAAGGGGGACGAGUACCUUUGCAGAGAAAAACCAAGCUGCAGAUUGCGAACAGGACGUUUUAUUUUCACCUACCACCGGGCACUGGGCCUGACGGGGAGCAGAAGGACUUUCCCCGACCGGGUUCCACGCCAAUCGAUGUCACUUCAGUAACUCCGCCAGCCGACUCUCCUUCUCCUUCGCCGCCGGCGUCUUCUGUUUCUCCUAUGCGAGCCCUUAAAGAGGAGGACGAGUACGAAGCACCAUCCCAGAGCGUGGCCAACGGGCCGCCACCUCAGAAGCCACCAUAUACAUACGCGCAGCUCUGCUAUCGUGCACUUCAUGAAAUGGGAGGACGAGCAACACUCCAGGAUAUCAUUGAUUGGAUGAUUCGGACUUUUGAAUGGUUCAAGCAACAUCCGAAUAGUGGUUGGCAGACUUCGGUCCGACAUACACUUUCUAUGAAUAACGCAUUUGUGAAGUCCCCCAGAUCACAGGGUGAACGUGGGAAAGGAUGCAACUGGACUCUACAUCCAAACGCAUAUCAGCUCUUUGAGGCCGCGGCUGCCAAUAGGCUCAACCGACAUCAUCCUUACCAGGUGCCAGACGGCUUGCCUCGAGGCAUACAUUCUCUACCUGCCGCUGUUCCAACGGCAAUAGUGCAUGCGCCAAUUCCUGCCGGGCCGCCGUUCGGCCCAUCAACGUCCUAUCCCUCAGCUGUUCCGUCCGCCCCCACAAAUGCAGCAGCUGCCGCUGCUGUUGCAAAUGGACCUAUCAACCUUCCCAGCAAUGUCUCUCUUCCUAUCGUCAUCGCCCCACUCCCUGAUGCUACGGAUCAAUCGUCCGCCAACCCACCUCUAGAUGCUCCUCCAAUUGUGCUCGAUGCUGGAAAGCUAGUGUUAAACCCAACAAUCUUUGCCCACCUCCAGGAAGCGCAGCUCAACGAGUUGCAGCAAUUGGGUGCUCAAGAAGCGCUUAAAAUCCUCCAGGCAUAUAUCGUUGAAUAUUUGAAGGAGCGGAUGCGUGGCGAAAAGAGCGGCCCCGGAAAGCCGAAAGGAAAGAAGAAGAAGGCAAAGAAGGAGGGCAAGUUGGCUUCUAUCGGACCAGAAUCCGCAGCGACAGUGCCUGAUUCGAGCAAACCUGGGUCGACAGUCAAGACUGAGGUGACUGCGACACACACUGUGGCUAGCUUGCUUUCCAACCCUUCGCUUUCAUACCCUUCUCCCCUGACAAAUCCACCCCCACGUUCCUCAUCCCUGUCGGCGAAGGAUCCCAAAUCACACGUAGAGCCUCCGGUCGAACCUGAACAGGAUGGCGGACUAGUCGCUUUGGCAGAAGCUGCUGUCUCCCAUAGCGGUGAGCAGUGA